GUCCAGCCAAGGCCGAGACAUGCCCUUGGCCCACACACCUUCUUUUGCCACUGUGUCCAUCAGUCAGACGCAAGGGGACCGCGGUUGAAGGUCGCCUGCUUCCGUGAAUGCAUGACGCGGCGGACAGCUCGCCGGCCGGGAUGGAGGAAGACGGCAUCAUCGAGCCGCUCGGAGAUGAGGAUGUGCCCGAGCGGGCGCGCGAGGUCACCUCUGACUACGACCCAGCCGAGGAGGAAACCACAUUUGGCUCUCUGACAUCGAGUGUUAGCGGCCAUGUGUGGGAGUAUGGAAGACGCUAUCACGCCUUCCGGUACGGGAGAUACCCCGUGCCGAAUGACGAGGAGGAGUACAAGAGGGAGUCGCUACGGCAUACGAUGCUGAAGGACCUUCUCGGUGGGAAGUUGUACCUGGCACCGAUCGGUAACAGCCCGCAGAAGAUCAUCGACCUAGGCACCGGCUUUGGAGAGUGGGCCAUCGAGGUUGGCGAGACCUUCCCCAGCGCCAAGGUCACGGGCGUGGAUCUGAGCCCCAUCCAGCCGCACUGGAUCCCGCCCAAUGUCGAGUUUAUCGUCGACGACAUCGAGGACGAGUGGGUUCACGAGAGAGACUAUGAUUUCAUUCACUUCCGCUUCGUCAACACACUGCUCAAGGACAACACCGGGCUCUUCCGGAAGGUCUUCCAAAACCUCAAGCCGGGCGGCUGGGUCGAAGUGCAGGAUAUACUGCCGUAUGUGUCGUCAGACGACGAUACGAUUCCGCCGAACUACCCCGUUAUCAAGUUCAUCGCCAUGUUCAAGCCCGUGCUGCGGAACAAGUACGGAUUCGACAUCAACGUCCUCGAGCGUCUCCCCUCACUGCUGGAGAGCCUGGGUUUUGUCAACGUAGAACGGAAAGUGUUCCACAUGCCGCUGGGCGAAUGGGCGCGCGACCCGCAUCUGCGGCUGCUUGGCGGCUACUUCCGCGAGAUCCUCAUGGACUUUUUCGGUGCCAUGGCCGCGCGCCCGCUCGUCGAAGCGGGCUACGAGAAGGAAGAGAUCGGGAGCGUGCUGAGGGACGUCAAGGCUGCCGUGAGCAACAGGCGGAUCCACGCCUAUAUGCCGAUCCAUUUUGUCUGGGCCCAAAAGCCGGCCGCUUGAGUUAGAGCGUUCGCUCUCUC